ACCAUGUUUCAAUGUGACACAAAACAAUUGGUAAAUAGCAUUGGACGUGCGGUAGCGAGGAACCCACGCCCAGACCUUGAAGUUAAACAGUUAGAUUCACCCUUGGCCUGUGUCGGUGUUUGGCACACAUUAGCAGGACCGUCACCAGCAACGAGCGAAGGUUUACUGGUCACAGGUACAACUGGCGACGGACUGUGGCGCGGCUAACGCAAGGUUAGCUAGGAUGCUACCAUAAUGCUCAGCUCAUCAGUCGGGCUUCCAGAUGACCGAAAGUCCAUGUACAGCCAGUCACAACAUAGUGUUUUAAAGACUGGCGACAAAACCAGCCCUAUCAGUGUCAUACUGGUUAGCUCCGGCAGCCGAGGGAACAAGCUACUCUUUCGAUACCCCUUUCAAACUGUGGCUGAAUGCCCGUCGUCUCUUACAGCAAAGCAGCGAAGUCCAUAUGCACUGAACACAUCCGGGGACAGCCUUGAAGAUCAGGAUGGGGACUCAAGAGAACAAUCUCCACUAACUGACGAACAGUUGGUAGCCGGGUUUUCUGAUAGCACCCUCGCCACUAUCCUGGCCACCAAAUCUGAUAUUUGUGGAAAGAAGUUUGAGCUGAAAAUAGACAAUGUUCGCUUUGUGGGUCACCCUACCCUCCUUCAGCAUCACACUGCUAGUCAGGUUUCUAAAACAGACCCUUCACCUAAGAGGGAGGUGCCCACGAUGAUCUUGUUUAACGUGGUGUUUGCCCUCAGGGCGAACGCUGACCCCUCCGUCAUCAGUUGCAUGCACAAUCUGUCAAGGCGCAUAGCAAUAGCCCUGCAGCACGAAGAGCGGCGCUGCCAGUACCUGACCAGGGAGGCCAAGCUCAUGCUGACUGUCCAGGAUGAGAUUACCACCAUGGCUGAGACAAACGGAAGCCCACACUCUCCGUUUAGACAAAUUCUACCCAAAUGUAAGCUAGCCAGGGACCUGAAGGAGGCUUAUGACAGCCUGUGCACAACUGGUGUUGUGCGAUUACACAUUAACAACUGGCUGGAGGUGAGCUUCUGUUUGCCACACAAGAUCCACAGGAUCGGUGGAAACCAUAUCCCCCCAGAGGCGUUAGAGCGCAGCCUCAAAGCUAUAAGACCUUAUCAUGCCCUGCUGUUAUUGGAGAGUGAGAAGGUGCUGCUAAACCAGCUCCCUCUCGACUGCUCACCAGCAAUGGUGCGCCUCAUCAAAACCUGCUCAGCAGUGAAGAACCUUCAGCAGCUCGCUCAGGACGCUGACUUGGCCUUACUUCAGAUCUUCCAAAUCGCUGCCCACUUGGUUUAUUGGGGCAAAGCGAUCAUCAUUUACCCUCUGUGUGAGAACAACGUGUACAUGCUGUCUCCUCAUGCCAACAUCAGCCUAUACUCACCACUUGCUGAGCACUUUGUGCAGCAGUUUCCUGGUCACGAUCUGCCUUCAAUGUUAUCCAAGUUUUCCCUGCCUAUCUCACUGGUGGAGUUCAGAAACCCCUUGGAAGCUCCAGCACAAGAGGCCCAGCUGAUCCAGAUGGUCGUGUGGAUGCUCCAGCGUCGUUUGCUGAUCCAGCUGCACACAUAUGUUUGCCUGUUGGUGCCGCCCAGUGAGGAUGAACCUGGUAUUAGGGAGGAAGAGCCUCUACUAGCUGCCCGAGUAGGAGGCCGCAGCCUCAGCACCCCUAGUGCCCUAAGUUUCGGCUCCCCAACCAGCAGCGAUGACAUGACCCUCACCAGUCCCAGUAUGGACAACUCUAGUGCAGAGCUGCUACCUGGUGGAGACUCUCCCCUUAACAAAAGGAUGACAGAGACACUGCUUGCCAGCCUGUCAGAGCAUGAGAGGGAGGUUAUUCUUAACAUCCCUGCUGCUCAAAAUCCUGAGGAUCUGCGGCUGUUUGCCAGGCUGCUGCACUAUUUCCGGGGACAUCACCACCUGGAAGAGAUUAUGUACAAUGAGAACAUGAGACGCUCGCAGCUCAAAACGCUGUUUGACAAGUUCCGCAGUGUCCUUGUAGUGACCAACCAUGAAGACCCCAUUAUCUCCAUCUUUCAGUCACCCAUGGAGUAGCUGCCGAGAUGCGCAUCAGCUCUCACAAACUGGAAGAGAUGUCAGUUUGAGAGCAGUUAAUAGCCUGAUGUGCUGGAAUCUAAGUGCUUUAGCUGAAGGACGUUUUAAAAUGAACUCACCCACUAAUUCUUUUCCCUUUGUAAGGCAAAUGUAUGUUUACAAUAUUAAAUUAUUUUCUACAAAGGUCUCA